UCUUGCAGACAGCUAAGUUGCACCUUCCACUCUACCGCCGAACAAAGUAAGGCAGGGAGAGGGUAGGGACUGGCUGAAAGGUAAACACCAAGUCAGUGACAGAUCCUGGGCUGUAAAGUUCGACCGAGAUUGAAACAAUGUACACUGGGCGUCAGUCACAAGGCGAGCUUGCUCCAGCUCUUCCAGCUCUUCCUGAGCGCUAGGCCCAUCUGGCCUCACGCUGAUCUCCGGGCAGACUCUGUCGCACAACUGGCACAGAUCGUGACGACAGCCCUGCGGCAAAGCAGGAGUGGCCUUCUCCUCCGCCAGGGUUAAGAACAACACAGAACUAUCUCUGUUUCUGGCUCCACUGCCUGCCGGUGAAGGAGUUUUCAUUCAGACUUUCCGAAGAGAGGUGGAGAAACCUGAAGACUCAGGAGAAGAAAUCCUUUGAGCCAGAUGGGGCAUUAGUUCUUCUGCUUUUUUCUCAGCAUGGAUAAACCCUUUCCUCAAGGAUUUUUUCAUGUGCCCUGAGGUCCAUGUAACUGCAAGGGCUCCUCUUUAUCACCAUAAGUGCCACCCUGACCUAAAACCACUCAGAGCUCAAAAAUCAAGUCAAAAUGGAUGCUGCGGUGACAGAUGAUUUUCAACAAAUUCUGCCUAUUGAACAGCUGCGCUCUACUCAUGCUAGCAAUGACUAUGUGGAACGGCCUCCAGCCCCCUGUAAACAGGCCCUCUCUAGCCCUUCCCUUAUUGUGCAAACCCACAAGUCUGAUUGGUCUCUGGCCACCAUGCCUACUUCUCUCCCCCGCAGUCUCAGCCAGUGCCAUCAACUGCAGCCCUUGCCUCAGCAUCUGAGCCAAUCUAGCAUUGCCAGCUCAAUGUCCCAUAGCACCACUGCCUCUGAUCAAAGGCUCUUGGGCAGCAUUACACCCUCACCUUCAGGCCAAUCCAGCAUCCGAACACAGCCUGGAACAGGGCCCCACCCAAAGGCUGAUGGUGCUCUGAAGGGAGAAGCUGAGCAAUCUGCAGGGCACCCCAGUGAGCACCUUUUCAUCUGUGAGGAGUGUGGGCGCUGCAAGUGUGUCCCCUGCACAGCGGCGCGCCCUCUUCCCUCCUGCUGGCUGUGCAACCAGCGUUGCCUUUGCUCUGCUGAGAGCCUCCUUGAUUAUGGCACUUGUCUCUGCUGUGUCAAGGGCCUCUUCUACCAUUGCUCCACUGAUGAUGAAGACAACUGUGCUGAUGAGCCCUGCUCUUGUGGGCCUAGUUCUUGCUUUGUCCGCUGGGCAGCCAUGAGCCUCAUCUCCCUCUUCCUACCCUGCCUGUGCUGCUACCUGCCUACCCGUGGAUGCCUCCAUCUGUGCCAACAGGGCUAUGAUAGCCUCCGGCGACCAGGCUGCCGCUGCAAGAGGCACACCAACACUGUGUGCAGAAAGAUCUCUUCUGGUAGUGCACCCUUCCCCAAGGCCCAGGAAAAGUCUGUAUGACCUUCCCACAAGGUGGAUUCAGAGCUUUUCUCCUUCUAGCCCCCACCGGUAAAGCAUAGGCCUCAUCUUUGGAGUGGGGGAGGAGUGAAAAACUAGCCAAAGUUAGGGCCUCUCCUCUUUUGUUCCUGCAGUGUCAGGGGAAUGACCAAGUACAUCCUGGUGCAGGAUGCCUUGUUCUUUCUCAUAGUAUCUAUCCCACUCAUCUUCAGUCUUUUUACACCCCGCCAGCUCAGCCCUUAGGGCUGUCAUGGCAAAUUCAGGUGAUAUAUAGGUAUGAGGUUUGAACACUGAGGACUGACAGGGCCAGCAACGUGGAGGUUUAGGGGCUCCCCAGUGUAAUACCUCUCGAUGCAGGCUCUGAUCGUCACUCUGUUUUCCACUGUGCCUUUGGAAGCUUUCUUCUAAUAUGGUUUUCACAGGUAUAUGUGGAACAGCGUUCAACCUUCCAGGGAAUAUGACUCCUUCUCCCUGUUACUGCCCUUCUCUUCUCUAUUCCUC